GGUAUUGGACUUUGAUUUCAAUAGUUCUUGCCUCACUACUAUGUUUAGUAUACUAUGAUGCAAACGCAACUAAACUUUUCCACUAUUUGAUUGCAUUUGGAUCAUGGAUUUCAUUUCUUCCCUCUCUUUCAACUUUCUCAAGCUAGUGUUUAAUGAUGUCAGCCAAGCCGAUUAUUUUUUUUUCUUCUUUUUUCUCAAGUGUUUAAUGAUGUCAGCCAAGCCAACUAUCCUUUGCUUGAUUCUACUAGUUAAAUCUCUAAUGUCUUUCAUAUAUAAGACCUACUUGAGCACAUUGUAGAAGAUAGUUAGAUGAGGUUUCUAGCCUCUACUUAGGAACCACUCCCUCCCUCCUCUUUUUAGUUUCUAUCCAUUUUAAGAGAAAAGCUCCCAGUAAGUGUUCUCAUUCAAAUUCUGGUAAGAACAUUAGUGAUCUGAUUGCCUUUUCCAUUUUGUGGUCUGGAUUCCUUUGCAACUGUACACCAUUCAAUCUAUUUGUUAGCUUCUGCACCUACCCCAUCGAAAAGAUUUACAAAAGGGUACACAAAUAAUGUGAAAAAGGCCGGGCUGUCAAUUUAUUGUAAGACUCAACUAGUUAAAAGAUGGAAAAACUAAAUUCAUCUGGGUUGGCAAGAACCAAGUCCGAUCAACUGGUGGAGUCUGUGGUAGCUGCCUUCAAGUCACCGACGUCAAGUGAAGCCGCUGCUGUGGCGGCAGAGGGCAGCAGCGGAACCCUCUCAAGGAAGUCAAGCAGGCGCAUGAUUGGAGCUUCGCCAGGGCGUGGCAGUGGCAGUGGCAGUGCCAAAGGUAGCGCACACAUAAGGAAGACUAGGAGUGCUCAAAUGAAGUUUGAGCUGGAUGAAUUGAGCAGCGGCGCCGCUUUAAGCAGAGCCUCGAGCGCUAGCUUGGGGUUCUCAUUCUCCUUCACCGGCUUUACUGUGCCCGCUGAUGAAAUUGCGGACUCAAAGCCUUUUAGCGACGAUGAUGAAAUUCCCGAAGAUCUUGAAGCCGGCAACCGAAAACCAAAGUUUCAGACCGAACCCACCCUGCCGAUUUAUCUCAAGUUCACAGAUGUGACAUACAAGGUCAUUCUCAAAGGAAUGAGGACAAAUGAAGAGAAGGACAUCUUGAAUGGGAUCACUGGUUCAGUAAACCCCGGCGAAGUUCUUGCCCUGAUGGGACCAUCAGGAAGUGGAAAGACCACACUCCUUAAUCUGCUUGGAGGCAGGAUAGCCAGAGGCAAUGUCAGUGGUUCAAUUAACUACAAUGACCAGACAUAUUCCAAGUACCUAAAGAGAAGGAUAGGAUUCGUGACUCAGGAUGAUGUUCUAUUUCCUCACCUGACAGUGAAAGAAACAUUAACAUAUGCAGCCCUCCUACAGCUGCCAAAGACAUUGACAAAAGAGCAGAAAAAAAAACGAGCAGUCGAUGUCAUCUAUGAGCUAGGCUUAGAGAGGUGCCAAGACACUAUGAUUGGUGGCUCGUUUGUCCGCGGGGUUUCAGGUGGAGAGAGGAAGAGAGUUUGCAUUGGCAAUGAGAUCAUAAUCAACCCUUCCCUUCUGUUUCUUGAUGAACCAACCUCCGGCUUGGAUUCAACAACUGCACUUAGAAUUGUUCAGAUGUUACAAGACAUGGCAGAGGCUGGAAAAACAGUGGUGACAACAAUCCACCAACCAUCCAGUAGACUCUUCCACAAAUUUGACAAGUUGAUUCUUCUUGGGAAAGGAAGCUUGCUCUACUUUGGAAAAGCAUCAGAAGCAAUGGUUUAUUUCUCAUCCAUAGGAUGUUCUCCACUUAUUGCCAUGAACCCAGCAGAGUUCUUGCUAGACCUUGCAAACGGAAACAUUAACGAUGUUUCUGUACCAUCAGAGUUGGAGGACAAAGUUCAAAUGGAAAACUCAGAAGCUGAUACAAGAAAUGGAAAGCCAUCUCCAGCAGUUGUGCAUGAGUAUCUUGUGGAAGCCUAUGAGACACGUGUGGCUGACGAGGAGAAGAAGAAGCUUAUGGUUCCUCUUCCCCUUGAUGAAGAACUGAAGUUGAAGAUCUCUUUUGCGAAACGAGAAUGGGGAGCAAGCUGGUGGGAACAAUUUUCUAUCUUAUUCUGCAGAGGAAUUAAAGAACGGAAGCAUGACUAUUUCAGCUGGUUGAGAAUCACCCAAGUUCUUUCCACUGCAGUUAUUUUGGGUUUACUAUGGUGGCAGUCAGAUAGCCACACUGCCAAAGGACUGGAAGAUCAGGCAGGGCUACUUUUCUUCAUUGCUGUCUUCUGGGGAUUUUUCCCUGUCUUCACAGCAAUAUUCACAUUUCCCCAAGAAAGAGCUAUGCUGACCAAGGAACGAGCAGCUGACAUGUACAGAUUAAGUGCAUAUUUUGUGGCUAGGACUACAAGCGACCUCCCACUUGACCUAUUGCUUCCUGUACUCUUCCUUGCAAUCGUAUAUUUCAUGGCAGGCUUAAGGCUCAGUACUGAAAUCUUUUUCCUAAGCAUGCUUAUAGUUUUCCUAUGCAUUGUGGCAGCUCAGGGACUUGGAUUAGCUAUUGGAGCUACAUUGAUGGACUUAAAGAAGGCAACAACUCUGGCUUCAGUAACUGUGAUGACAUUCAUGCUGGCUGGGGGGUUCUUCGUGAAAAAAGUUCCGGUGUUCAUAUCUUGGAUCCGCUAUAUGUCUUUCAACUACCACACAUACAAGCUUCUUCUGAAGGUGCAGUUUGAAGACAUAAUACCCACCAUUAAUGGGUCCAGCACUGAUUGUAGUUUAACAGGAGUUGGUGCUCUUGUAGCCAUGGUUUUCGGAUACCGAUUAUUGGCAUACCUUUCUUUGAGGAGAAUGAAGCUUCACGCUGGAGCGUAAAUGUGAUAAACAACUCUCCAAGGAAGCCUAGAUCUGGACAUACUAUGUUCCACCGUCCUUUUCUUCUUCCUUAGAAGCUAUUUAUGAAACAUCAGUCUCAAAUUAACUGAGGAAAACUAGUGAGGCCAUUGAUCUGGAACAUCUAGUAUUGUAUGAAGUUUGUCUCAUAUGUAGGUCAAAGUCAAAUAGGUUGUUUAUCUGCGGUAUAAGCCAAUUCUAUACAGGUAGAACUCCAGAGUUUUUUUUUGGUGAA